AUGGCUACCCGCACCUUGUCGCACAACAGUUACGGAGAUAAUGCCCGCAUCCACCAAGGCGACGUUAUUCUUGAUAAUUCGCGCCAAAAUCUCGACCUUCAAGUUGCGCAAGAUGCGUCAUUCGAUUCGCGUGCCGAUGAACAUAACGAGCAAUGUCAUCCCGACACCCGUACCGACCUGCUCCAAUAUAUACAAACAUGGGCCGACGAUCCUUACAGCGAAUGCAUAUUCUUGCUGAACGGCAAGGCAGGCACGGGCAAGUCCACAAUUUCCCGCACUCUUGCGACCCGUUUCAAUGAGCAGAGAAUUCUCGGCGCCAGCUUCUUCUUCAAAAGAGGCGAGCGGGGCCGAGGGGACGCAGCCCUUUUCUUUACGACUAUCGCUAAACAGUUGAUUGAUGAGGUGCCCGCUAUGGCUCCCUACAUCAGAGAUGCUGUGAAAAGUGACUCGAGCAUCCACGACAAGGCCCUCAAGGUGCAGUUUGACAAGCUCAUCUUGCAGCCACUAGGCAAGAUGGGCGAGUCUGAGAUUCCUCCCGUGCUUGUGAUUGUGGUCGACGCUCUGGAUGAAUGCGACGGUUUGGACGAUAUCAAAAUUAUUAUUCACUUACUCUCUCGAUUAACAUCUUUGACUCCCGUGCGCCUCAGGGUUUUCGUCACGAGCAGGCCUGAGCUAGCUAUUCGCCUCGGUUUCAAGGACAUCCAAGGCACGUACCUGAGUGUGGAGCUUGAUCAGAUACCCGAUGAUGUGGUCGAACGCGACAUCACCACGUUCCUAAACUACAAGCUGGCAAGGAUCAGAGAAGAAUACAGCAGUCAGGUAUAUGACGAUCUACGUCUCCCGUCGGAUUGGCCCGGCAAACAGGUCGUCCAAACAUUGGUCCGUAUGGCCGUUCCGCUUUUCAGCUUUGCUGCAACUCUCUGUCGCUUCAUUGAGGAUGAGCAGUGUUGGGACCCAGCAGGCCAAUUAGAAAAGAUUCUGAACUACAGAACGACUGGAGAUGACAAGUUUGACAAGUUCGGUGCUACCUACAACCCUGUACUGGAUCAGCUGCUCGUUAACAGGACUGGCGCUAGAGCAGAUCGUAUACUAAACGAGUUCCGGAACGUCGUUGGCUCCAUUGUUCUACUUGCGGAACCUUUAUCAGCUUUAUGUCUUUCAAAGCUUCUUCAGGUCACUAUGCAGUCUAUCACCCCACUACUCAACCGUCUGCAUUCUGUUCUUCAUAUCCCAUCUCAGGCGGAUGUCCCUAUCAGGCUCUUUCACCUUUCCUUCCGCGACUUUCUGAUCGACCCUGCUGAUCGCGGCAAACCCCAGUUUUGGGUAGAUGGGAAAGAAACCCAUGCGCAUUUGGCUUCAAACUGUCUCCGUAUUAUGAAUGAAGUACUUCGAAGAAAUAUUUGUGGUAUUCAAGAACCAGGAACACCUCGUUCAUCGAUAGACCCACAGAUGAUAGGCGAGAAUCUACAACUAGAAGUCCAGUACGCCUGUCGGCAUUGGUCGUAUCACUUACAGCAAGCCUCGGCGCUUAUCUCAGAUGAUAAUGAAGCGUAUUGCUUUCUCAACCGGCACUUUCUUCACUGGCUAGAGGCAUUGAGUCUCUUGGGAAGAGCAUCUGAAAGUGUCCAGGCGAUCAAGACAUUGAAAGCCGUUGUACAGCCCGAUAGUUUCAAGGCUAUCAGCUUCCUGAACGAUGCCAACCGCUUCGUCUUAGUUAUGCUCCCUAUUAUUCAACAGGCGCCCCUCCAAGUAUACUCGUCAGCGCUUGCCUUUGCGCCUACCAGUAGUGUUAUUCGAAUGGUCAUCGAGCAAGAAAUAACAAGCCGGGUAUCUCUUCUGCCAAAAGUAGAAAGUGAUUGGGGCCAAUGCCAGCAGUUACUCGAGGGCCGUAGCAGCAACGUCAGAUCGGUGGUCGUCUCGCACGACUCGAAGCUCGUGGCCUCCGCCUCAGACGACAAGACGGUCCGGAUCUGGUCAGCUGACACCAGUGACUAUAUACGGAAACUCGAGUGCCAUAGCGAUACCGUCAACUAG